CGAUUAACAGCUGAUAACUUUUAAAACGAGUUGAAUCUAUUUAUUUAUUUUCGCUUUUGCAAAAAUGGACUUUCAGCGAAAUGACGCUAUGCUUAUGGAGAUUCUGCAGGAUCGAAAGACUAUUACUGGAUUCCUGGACUCCAUUUUCGGGUUUCUGAGGCGCAACACCGAUUUUUAUCACACAAAACGCAAUGAAUCAGAUAAAAUAGGCUUCCCCAAGGGUGUCAGGGAUCAGAUUCUAUAUGGUGCCAUGCAACGCUACGAUCCUGAUUGCUGCCUGCAAACAAUGACCGCUGAGGGUGGUGCUCUAGAAGAUGAUGGUGAAACUGCUCCACCUGCCAUCGAAGAAAUUAUUCUAGAUAGUGAAAAUUCCGUUCAAAACGAAGUAGAGAGCUCAAGCAAGAAUCCCACAUCGCAAAAACCCAGGGAAGAGACCAAAUUCUCCCCCAGCGACUACAAAAAUGGAGCUGUUUUUGAAAACCAUUGCUGGUCGCAGACCCUCAAAGAUAUGGAGGUACACAUUGGCCUUCCAGAGGGUCUGCAAGCAGCUAAAAGCCUCAUAAUAAUAAUAAAAGCGCAAUACAUUAAAGUGAGCAGCAAACUAAACCCAGAGAUUAUAAUAGUCGAAGGAAAUCUCAGCCAACGAAUCAAACACAACGAGGCGGUGUGGACUAUUGAUCAGAACCGAUUGCUAAUAAGUUGUGAUAAAUUUAAAGAGCUCUGGUGGGACCGACUUUUUGACGGGGAUCCAGAAAUAGACCCCAAAAAAAUUGAGUGCGAGCGGUAUUUAGGUGAUUUACCGGAGGAAACCCAAGCCACCAUUGAAAAACUAAGGGUACAACAAAUGGCCUUAGAUAGGGAGCAAAAUGAAUUUCAGACAACGAACCCCGAAAAUGUAAAAACCCUUGAUCGUUUGAGAACUGCUUGGGACGCUGAAGGAUCACCAUUUAAAGGACAGCCUUUUGACCCUUCAGUAAUCAGAAUGAGUUAGUUUUUGUAUAAAACCAAUCUUAGAGGUAUUCAACAUGUAUAGCGUUGAGGAGAAGAAAGAACUUCAAGCGGUUCAAUUAUUUCAUAUGCAAAUAAAAAUUUAUCAACCGUUUUUGUGGUAACCGACAA